AGCUCACGUGUCCAAGGUCAAAAGGUCAACGUCACAUGUGACCGGAAAUCAUCAGUUCAUGAGCUGACUUGACAAGCCAACCAUUCUGUACUAUACUGUCUUAUCAGGAAAACCAAGUAACUUUUUGGAUGCUCUUCAAGACAUAAAGACAAAUGGAUACAGAAUACGACUAUCUCUUCAAGAUAGUAUUGAUUGGGGAUGCUGGAGUUGGGAAAACAAGCAUUGUUAGACGAUACACUGAUGGUAUAUUCACUUCUGCCGGGAUACCCACUAUUGGAGUUGACUUUUGCAUCAAGACGCUACAAAUAGGGAGUAGCGCUGUAAAGCUUCAAAUAUGGGACACAGCUGGACAGGAGCGAUUUCGUACCAUCACACAGAGCUACUAUCGGAGUGCAGAUGCCAUUGUUCUCGUGUACGACAUUGGCUGUGCCACUUCGUUUAGAAAUCUCCCAGAGUGGCUCUCUGAGGUGGAGAGGUAUGCUGGGAAUAGCGUUCAUCGGAUACUAAUUGGCAACAAAUGCGAUCGAACAGACCGAGAAAUUCAGGCAGAACUGGGGAGGCAGUUUGCGACAGAGAAUGACAUGCCCUUCCUGGAGACAUCUGCAAAAAACUCUGAUAACAUUGACGAGUUGUUUUUACAGCUUGCUAAAUCCCUUCGUGAGUCCCACGUCGACAAGAAGCUAAAGAGUCACUCAAGUGGUGGGGGUGGUGGCUCUGCAAAACAACCAAAUACAGUCUCGCUGACACAAAAGAAUGAACAAUCUUCUGGGAAUAGUGGUGGUGGAUGUUGCUAGUGGCAAGUAUACGUAGUUACAUUAGAUGUUCCACUACUUGCUUCGCAUUUCUUUAUAACCUCGCAUGUUUGAAUGUAGAUUAUCCCCUUGUUUGUACUGAUUGACAUGCAAUGUUUUUUUCUCGUAUAUUUACUAAGUUGUGAUGUUUUGUGAAUUGAUGAGAUUGAAGCAACAAAAA